AUGACGUAUUGGGGUUCUACUGCAGUCAGGUGUAAGUAUUUGCAUAUGCGAUGCAUUGCUCACAUCCUUAAUCUGGUUGUGCAAGAUGGAUUAAAGGAAUCUGAUGAUUCUGUUAAGAAAGUAAGGGACUGUGUUAGGUAUAUGAGAAACUCUCCUGCUAGGCUCCAAAAAUUUAGAGAGCUUGCUGACUUAAUUGGGGUGGAAGCCAAAAAUUCUUUGGUUCUUGAUGUACCUACAAGGUGGAAUUCCACAUAUUUGAUGCUGCAUACUGCUUUGCUGUAUCAAAAGGUUUUUGAAGUGUAUGAAGAUCAUGACCCUUCCUUCAAAUCUGAUUUGGGUGGGAAUGUUCCUAAUUUCUUGGAUUGGGAUGCAGUAGAAGGGUUGGUGAAAAUUCUGAAAUCAUUUUAUGAAAUGACUGUUAGGAUAUCUGGUUCUUUGUAUGUAACUUCUAAUACAUUCUUCUCUGAAGUGUCUGAUUUAUCUUGCAUACUUACUAGUCUGGUGGGAGCUGAAUCUGAUUCUGUUAAACUAAUGGGGAUGAAUAUGAGGGCCAAGUUUGAUAAAUACUGGUUUAAUCAAUUAUAUGGUGAUGAAGUUGGUAAGUCCUUGUUUGAGAAUGUUAUGAAAGACUUGAAGGAGUUGUAUGUUGAUUAUGUGACAAGUUUCUCAGUCCAGUCUGAUCUUAUUCCUGUAGAACAAUUGGAGAGUGGAGAAUUAGGCAGAAAGAAAACUGAGUUAGAAGUUUAUUUGAGUGAGGCAAUUAUAGAAGAGGAUGGUGAAUUUGACCUCUUGAAAUGGUGGAAGGUUAAUGCUGGAAGGUUCCCUGUGCUUUCUAAAAUGGCUAGGGAUAUACUUGUUGUUCCCAUUUCUACAGUUGCAUCAGAAUCAACAUUUAGUACAAGUGGGAGGGUUCUUGAUGCAUUUAGGAGUUCUCUUACUCCUAAAAUUGUGGAGGCACUUAUAUGUGCACAAGACUGGCUUAGGUUGCACAAUCAGCCUCUUUCGAUUGAAGAAAACAUUGAUGAGAGUUCUGCACUGGAGUUGUUUGCUGCCUCAGUGGCUAAUAACUGCCCCAGGUUUGAGGAAUCACACUAUCCACUGACCACUGGAAAUUGGAAUACUGGACUGGAUCAGUAUGGUUGUAAGUAUAAUUGUAUAAGGAUGUUGUCUGGAAGAGGAUUAGGAUUUAGGCAACUAUUGGAGCUAAUGGAGGAUUGGAGGCUGGACUGCUGGAGGCCUGGAGCUGUGGUUUAA